UCCUUCUCCGUUGCUCCCCACAAAUAUGCUUCUCUUUCUCUUCCAUCCCUGAAUUUCCUCUCUCUCUCUCUCUCUCUCUCUCUCUCUCUCCCCGCCAUUGUUGCUCUGCAACCAACCUCAACAGCUAUGACUCUUCAAAUCCACAUCGCCCCUCACCACACUUUCUUCCUCAACGAGAAAAUCAUUUCGGCUUACUCCUCCAGAUUCCGCCGCAUUAUCAAACAGCAUAGACGAGCCAGAAGGCGAAUAACGACGUCCAGUUACGGUGAUGAUUUCUCCAAUUCCCCCAUUGAAAUCGAUGAUUUCCCUGGAGGAUGGAGUGCGUUCGAGCUUAUUUCUAGGUUCUGUUAUAACCACGCUCGAAUCGAAAUCACUGUCUCUAACGUUGCUUUACUUCAUUGCUGCGGUGUCUUCCUCGGAAUGACGGAGGAUGUCGCCGCCGGUAACCUCAUCCGGCAGACGGAGAAUUUUCUUGAUGGAAUCUUUUAUUGGCCAUGGAGUGAUUUGAUUUUAUGCCUUCAGAGUUGCGACUCCUUUUUCGCUUUUGCAGAUUCCUCGGGACUAUUGCAGAAGCUUGUUUGUGCUUUAUUGGCUAAGAUUGCUCAGAAUUCCAAUGCGAGCUUCGUCACUCCUUCUUCAUCUUCUUCUUCUUCUUCUCCCGACAAUGCGUCUGGUAGUUCUAGAGUCUCUACCAAAUCAUGGUGGUUCGACGACAUGUCGUUAUUGCCUGUUCAGAUCAUUGAAAAAGUCGUACAAGGAAUGGGGAGUUACGGAAGUAGCAACAACAGUUUGAUUCUCACCAAAUUUCUCCUCCAUUACCUCAAAACCGCUGCUCAGAACACUGUUGGGUAUGGGAGUGGUCGACCGAGGGGGGAAUACAGCGGGUUAGCCGACACGGCGGUGCACGGGGUGGUAAUGGUGGGGAAGAGUAUGUUUUCUUGCCGGGGACUGUUCUGGGUGUUGAGAGUGGUGUCUGGUUUUGGUCUGAGUAGAGAUUGUCGAAAUGGGUUGGAGAGAAUGAUUGGUGGGAUGCUGGAUCAAGCCAAAUUGGAUGAUUUGUUGAUCUCCGGCCACCAUAAAUGUACUUAUGAUGUGAAUCUAGUGAUAAGAUUGAUCAGAGUAUUUGUGAACAGCGAUGGAGCUUACUCUAUUCACAAGCUGAAGAAGGUGGGGAAACUUGUGGAUAAGUAUUUGGGGGAGAUUUCUCCCGAUCAAAACCUCAAAAUCUCCAAAUUCUUGGGUGUUGCUGAGAGCUUACCGGACUGUGCUAGAGACUGCUUUGAUGGAGUUUACAGAGCAAUUGAUAUCUAUCUAGAGUCUCAUCCCAAUCUUUCAAUGGAGGAGAGGUCGAGGCUAUGCAGAUGUCUAAACCACGAGAAGUUGAGCUUGGAAACAUGCAAGGCAUUGGCAAAGAACCCAAGAGUGCCGCCGAGGACAGCAGUGGAGGCUUUGAAGUGUCAAGCUAGGGGAGGUGGGUGUUCAGGGGAAGAGGAAGCGUUGACGACGGCAACCGGGGAGGAGGAUGAUCAGAGCAGUAGUGGGUAUUACAGUGAGUGUCAAAGGGUUUUAUCAAGCAGUAGCUUCGAGUCAGAAGGAUGCAGCAGCAGUACAGGGCAAGACAACAACCAAGAAAUGAAACUAAAUUUGCAAAGGAUGCAAUGGAGAGUAGUGGAAUUGGAGAAAGUUUGUAGAGAAAUGAAAAGUAAUAUGUCAAGUUUGGUUAGGCAAAGUGCCAUCACUUCCCCACCUACUUACCAUAGGGCUUUACCAAGACUUUGUUAAGUAUGUAUAUGAAUAUAUAAUUUAUUUGUAUUUGUAUUUAUAUUUAUAUAUGUACACAUCAAUAAUAAUUCAUUCCCUCCACAA